AUGACAGUAUUUAUACCAUUGCAGGACUCGAUAGAUGUACCUCCAUUCGAAGGUGUUUUCACAGCCAGAGAUGACACAUCAGUCUGUCCACAGCAAGAGGACAUGUAUUAUGAAAUAGUCGGCGACUUGGACUGCUUAAAAAUUAACGUGUACGUCCCUGAGAAAGCUGAACAGGACGGCUUAAUCCCAGUUAUGGUCUUCAUUCAUGGCGGAGAUUUUAGGAGAUGGAACUCAAACAGACACACAUACGGACCAGAUUUUCUUGUCCCCAAAGGCGUUAUUCUAGUAACCUUCAAUUAUAGACUAGGCCCAUAUGGAUUCAUGAAUAUACAUAGAGCAGACAUACCAGGGAAUACUGGAUUAAGAGAUCAGAACAAAGCAUUACGAUGGGUCAAAGAAAAUAUAGUGGCUUUUGGUGGAGACAAUGAUGAUAUUACAUUGUUUGGUGAGGACGCAGGAGCUGCCUCCAUCGAGUUCCAUUUACUUUCAGCACAUUCUCAAGGCUUGUUCCAUAAAGUUAUUCUGCAAAGUGGAACGAUACUCUGUAACUGGGUCAUGGCAAAACCUGAUCCCGAUUCACCGAUUAAAUUAGCUAAAUAUCUAGGAAUGGAUACAGAUGAUAUCGACGACGCUUUAAACUACUUAUAUACUGUUAAUCCUUCAUCGGUAGUAUCUGCUUCUAUAGAUACAGGUCUUAUUGAAUCUUUUAAACCGACCAUCGAAACUGGGUUUUUUAAUGUUAUACCUAUGAUAGGCAAGAAGCCAAGAAGUGACAAAUCCACAAUGUGGAUUAAUCAGUUCCUGCAGCUAGAGAAAGACAAGUUUAUUGUAAACCAAUCCAUGUACUUGCCACAUCACACUGUUAUCGAGGAAGACAAGUCAACUAGCAAGGUGCGCGUGGUAUUUGACGCGUCCUGUAAAAACUAA